AUGCAGGCGACGCAUAGUCUGCGCGUGUCCCACCGAAACAGAACAGAGCUGCAUAGAGCCCCGGAGCAUUGCCAAGCCAUGGCGCAUACGGCAAAGCCUUCGCGAUGCUGCGCAGCCUUCGCAUUGCUUCUGCUCUGCUUCCUCAGGAUGGUACCCUUCGCGACGUUUGUGCCGGCUUCCACUACUCCAGCACUCAGAUCUCCGAGAGCGCAUCCCGCGCAAGUUGCUCGCCAUGCACGUGGUGGCGAAGGCGAAGGCGACGUGGUGGAGCAGUUGCUGAAGCCCGGUGUGGUUCUCCUCGAUGUGCGAACCGAGGAGGAGUAUAUGGACGGCCAUGUUCCAGGAAGCGUGAACAUUCCGCAUACCGAGAUCAAAUAUCGCAAAAACCAACUGCCACCAGACACGGACACCCCGAUGGUGGUUUUCUGCGCCCGAGGCAUUCGCGCCCAGAUGGCGCAGGAUGUACUGCGAAGCCUCGGGUACACAGACGUGGUGAAUGGCAUGACCUGGCAAGCAGUUCAA